CCAUUUCCCCGCUUUAUAAAACCCAUCCUCUUUUCAUAGUAAGCCUCACCUCCAUCAGCCCCUCAUCCUCCCCCUGUCUACACCACCGCAAUGUCGCCACUGUACCCGUUCUACUUCUUCUUCCUCGCUUUAACAUUCACUUGUUUUGCUUUACUUUUAGCUUCAGCUGAACAACAACAACAACAGCAAAUGCAAACAUUUUCUACAAAACACCCUGAAUAUAUCAACCCAAAGCUCCCUCCAAGAGCUCUCUCUUCCUCGAAAAAAUUUGAAGGCUCCUCAGAUUUAGUUAACCUCCGCUACCAUAUGGGCCCUGUACUCUCUUCUUCUCCGAUAAACGUCUUCCUCAUUUGGUACGGCAGGUGGGCGAAUUCCCAGAAACUCCUAAUCAGAGAUUUUAUUCUCUCUAUUUCCUCCACCGGCCCAUCAACCAAAAAGGCUGCCAGAUCUUCCAUCAGUCCCUCCGUCUCCCAGUGGUGGCAAACUGUCUCUCUUUAUACCGACCAAACCGGCGCCAACGUCUCCAGAACCAUCCUCAUUGCCGGCGAAUACACCGACCAUGCUUACUCUCACGGCAACCACCUCACGAGACUGUCCGUACAGCAGGUGAUAGCCUCGGCGGUAAAGUCGGCGCCUUUUCCCGUCGACCACAGGAACGGAAUCUACCUAAUACUGACGGCGCCGGACGUUACAAUGCAAGAUUUUUGCAGAGCCGUUUGCGGGUUCCAUUACUUCACCUUUCCGUCGAUGGUGGGCUACACAUUACCGCAUGCCUGGAUCGGCAAUUCCGCCAAGCAAUGCCCGGAAGUUUGCGCGUACCCUUUUGCGCUGCCGGGCUACAUGGGCGGAAGUGGGCUGCAGGCGUUGAAGCCGCCAAACGGUGACGUAGGAGUAGACGGAAUGAUAAGCGUAAUAGCUCACGAGCUCGCUGAGCUAUCGACGAAUCCGCUGGUGAAUGCGUGGUACGCGGGGGAAGAUCCGACGGCUCCAACGGAGAUAGGAGACUUAUGUGAAGGGCUGUACGGGACAGGUGGCGGUGGAGGGUAUAUUGGUCAAGUGAUGAAAGACAGAGAAGAAAGAACUUUCAAUAUGAAUGGAAGGAGAGGGAGGAAGUUCCUGGUUCAGUGGAUUUGGAGUCCUGUGUUGAAGGCUUGUGCUGGUCCUAAUGCCCUCGCUUAGGAUCAAGGAAAUUAAAAUUGAACCUUGAUUUUUGAAGAUUUAUUUUGUAUUUUUAUGGUUAAUUAGUAUAUUUAGAUGUAUAAAAGAGGGUAUUUUUACAGUGUUUAAUUACAUAAUCUAUUCCUAUGUAUAAUAGACUGGAAAUGUUCCUUCUGCUCAAUCUUCCGGUUUUUCCAGGAACUCUGAGUUCUGCAGAUUUUGAAUUUGAAGUGAAGGAGAAGGGAAAGUUUGGAUUUUGAAA